GACACCCUCAUCGCCAAGAGCAUCCUGGCGCCGUACCACAACCUGGCGUCUGCGGCAUCGAUUGUAGGUUCAUCUACACCCAGCGUCUGCGAAUCCAUUGCAGGUUCAUCUACACCCAGCGUCUGCGGCAUCCAACCCAAUCCACAACACCCAUGACGCCCGCCACACACCAAGGAGCCACCGUCACAUAGCUCGAGCUCCGCCAUGCCCAACACAAGCCUCCGGCGGCCGCAAAAGGGCUUCCGCCGCGGCGGCAAGGCGGCAUACCAUGGCGGACGGGGCGGACGGACCUUUGCGGCCUCGUCGCGGGCCGAGGGCACGUCUGCCGACGAGAAGUGGGAGCGCACGCGGCUGGCGCACACCAUCGACGAGAACAUGGGCUUCGGCCGGUACGAGAGCGGCAAGAAAAAGGAGGGCUGGCUCGUCAACGUGCAGUCGACGGCCAUCGAGGACGAGAGGAUACCCGGCGGGCGGGCGGCGCUCGACUGCUACUUUAUCGAGCUCGACGGGUCGACGUUCAAGGCGACGGUCGAGUACGAUCCGUAUUUCCUCAUCGCCGUCAAGAGGGGCCACGAGUCCGAGGUCGAGGAGUGGAUCAAGCGCGUGCCCGGCGGCGGCGGCCUCGUCAAGGGCGUCCGGCGCAUCGAAAAGGACGACCUGAAGCUGCCGAACCACCUGCUCGGCCACCGCCGGACGUUUCUCGAGCUCAAGUUUGCCAACGUCGGCGACCUCAUGGCGGCGAGGCGGGACAUAAUGCCCGUCGCGGAGAAGAACAAGAAGAACAUGAAUGCCAUGGACGCCUACGCCGAGGUGGUGUCAGCCAGCGGCAACUUUGAUCUCUUCGACGACGACCUGCGCGACAACGACCGGGCCAACGGCUCGUUUGCGGACGCGAGCGACUACAUUGUCGACAUUCGCGAAUACGAUGUGCCGUACCACGUGCGAGUCAUGAUCGACUUGGACAUACGAGUGGGAAAAUGGUACUUUGUCGAGGCCAAGCACGGCGUGACCAAGGUGUGGCUCAACGAGGAGCGCUCGCUGCCCGCGGACCCGGUGGUGCUGGCGUUUGACAUUGAGACGACCAAGCUGCCGCUCAAGUUCCCCGACGCGGCGAUUGACCAGAUCAUGAUGAUUUCGUACAUGAUUGACGGCCAGGGGUUCCUCAUCACCAACCGCGAAAUCAUCUCCGAGGACAUUGGCGACUUUGACUACACGCCCAAGCCCGAGUACCCGGGGCCAUUCAUGAUCUUCAACGAGCCCAACGAAAAGGCCCUCAUCGAGCGCUUCUUCCUGCACGUCAAGGAGGCGCGGCCGACGGUGAUUGCCACGUACAACGGCGACUUCUUCGACUGGCCGUUUGUGGAGGCGCGGGCGAGCGUCAACGGCAUCGACAUGUACCAGGAGAUUGGGUGGAAAAAGGACGGCGAGGACCAGUUCAAGUGCAGCUACGGCGUGCACAUGGACUGCUUCCACUGGGUCAACCGCGACUCGUAUCUGCCGCAGGGCUCGCGCGGCCUCAAGGCCGUCACCGUCGCCAAGCUGGGCUACGACCCGGACGAGCUGGACCCGGAGCUGAUGACGCCGUACGCGAGCGAGCGCCCGCAGACGCUGGCCGAGUACUCGGUGUCGGACGCCGUCGCGACCUACUACCUGUACAUGAAGUACGUGCACCCCUUUAUCUUCUCGCUGUGCACCAUCCUGCCGCUGGGCGGCGACGACACGCUGAGAAAGGGCACGGGCACGCUGUGCGAGAUGCUCCUCAUGGUGCAGGCCUACCAAAAGGAGAUUGUGCUGCCCAACAAGCACCAGUCGCCCAAGGAGGCCUUCUGGGACGGGCACCUGCUCGACUCGGAGACGUACGUGGGCGGCCACGUCGAGAGCAUCGAGGCGGGCGUGUUCCGCUCCGACAUCCCCGUCGACUUCGCCGUGGACCCGGGCGCCGUCGACGAGCUGCUGCGCGACCUCGACUCGGCGCUGCGCUUCGUCAUCACGGUCGAGGAGAAGAAGAGCCUCGACGAGGUGGAAAACUACGACGAGGUCCGGCGGCAAAUCGUCGACGCGCUGGCCAAGCUCAAGGAGGUGCCGAACCGCCACGAGCGGCCGCUCAUCUACCACCUGGACGUGGCGUCCAUGUACCCCAACAUCAUGACGACGAACCGGCUGCAGCCGGACUCGAUGAUCUCCGAGUCGGACUGCGCGGCCUGCGACUUCAACCGGCCCGGCAAGACGUGCGACCGGCGGAUGCCCUGGGCGUGGCGCGGCGAGUACAUGCCGGCCAAGCGCGACGAGUACAACAUGAUCCGCAACGCGCUCGAGAACGAGCGGUUCCCGGGCAAGACGCCGCAGGCGCCGAUGCGGACGUUCCAGGACCUGGGCGCCGACGAGCAGGCCGGCCUCGUGCGCAAGCGCCUGCAGCUGUUUUCGCAAAAGGUGUACCACAAGAUCCACGACUCGACGACGAUUGUGCGCGAGGCCAUCAUCUGCCAGCGCGAGAACCCCUUCUACAUCAACACGGUGCGCGACUUCCGCGACCGCCGCUACGACUACAAGGGCAAGGCCAAGGUGUGGAAGGGCAAGACGGAGGCGCUCAAGUCGUCGGGCGCCUCGGCGGGCGACGUGGACGCGGCCAAGAAGAUGAUUAUCCUGUACGACUCGCUGCAGCUGGCGCACAAGGUCAUCCUCAACUCGUUUUACGGCUACGUCAUGCGCAAGGGCUCGCGCUGGUACUCGAUGGAGAUGGCCGGCGUGACGUGCCUGACGGGCGCCACCAUCAUCCAGAUGGCGCGCCAGCUCGUCGAGCGCCUCGGCCGCCCGCUCGAGCUCGACACGGACGGCAUCUGGUGCAUGCUGCCGGCCACGUUCCCCGAGAACUUUGCCUUUCGGCUCAAGAACGGCAAGAAGCUCAACAUCUCGUACCCGUGCGUGAUGCUGAACCACCUGGUGCACGACCGGUUCACCAACCACCAGUACCAGACGCUCGCGGACCCCAAGACGUUCCGGUACGAGACGCACAGCGACAACUCCAUCUUCUUCGAGGUCGACGGGCCGUACCGGGCCAUGAUCCUGCCGACGUCCAAGGAGGAGGACAAGAACCUCAAGAAGCGCUACGCCGUCUUCAACGACGACGGCAGCCUCGCGGAGCUCAAGGGCUUCGAGGUCAAGCGACGCGGCGAGCUCAAGCUCAUCAAGAUCUUCCAGCAGCAAAUCUUCAAGUUCUUCCUCGAGGGCGAGGACCUGGCGCAGUGCUACGCGGCCGUCGCCAAGGUGGCGAACCGGUGGCUCGACGUGCUGCACAGCAAGGGGUCCACGCUCGCCGACGAGGAGCUCAUGGAGCUCAUCUCGGAGAACCGCAGCAUGUCCAAGACGCUCGAGGAGUACGGCAGCCAAAAGUCGACGAGCAUCACGACGGCGCGGCGCCUGGCCGACUUCCUCGGCGAGCAAAUGGUCAAGGACAAGGGGCUCAACUGCAAGUUCAUCAUCUGCUCGCGGCCGCGCAGCGCGCCCGUCACGGAGCGCGCCGUCCCCGUGGCCAUCUUCUCCGCCGACGAGACGGUCAAGCGGACGUACCUGAGGAAGUGGCUCAAGGAGGAGCCCGCCGACACGGACCCGCGGGCCCUGCUCGACUGGGACUACUACCUCGAGCGCCUGGGCUCCGUCAUCCAGAAGCUCAUCACCAUCCCGGCGGCCCUGCAAAAGGUCCGCAACCCGGUGCCGCGCGUGCCGCACCCCGACUGGCUGCAGCGGCGCAUCAACAUCAAGGACGACAAGAUGAAGCAGAAGAAGCUCACGGACCUGUUUAGCAAGGAGCCGCUGGGGGAGAUUACCAACCUGAGUGGGACGCGCGUGGAGGACAUGGAGGACUUUGGGGACAGGCUGCUGAAGCCGAGGACGGUGAGCGCGGCGAUUGCGUCCUCGCAGGCAGCGACGGCGGCCACGGCGGCCACGGCGCAGAAGCGCAAGUCUCCCGAACCGGCCGAGGGCGCGGACCCCCUGGCGGCGGCGCUGCCCAAGGAGAUGCCCGGGCCGUCGGACGACUACCCGGCCUUUCUGCAGUACCAGAAGAAAAAGUGGAAGCUGCAGAAGCAGGCGCGGAUUCGCCGGCGGCAGCUGUUUGGCGAGCGCAAAGGCGUCGUCGGCGGCAGCGGCGGCAACAGCAACAUCGAGCAGACGUUCCGCAAGCAGGCCCAUCUGACGUUCAUGAGCACGUGGCAGCUGCUUCACCUCAAGGCGACGGACAGCCCCGGCAUCGUCACGGCGCACAUGCUCAUCGACGGCAAGAUCCACACCGUCAAGAUCAAGGUGCCCCGGCAGGUGUUUCUCAACCUCAAGAGCAAGGAGCUGCCCGACAUUGAGAUUGACGGCUGCCACGUCGAGCAGGUCAACCACACGCUGCCCAACGGGCACCCGUCGAGCCACCUCUUCAAGCUGACGGUGCCCGAGGACGUCUACUUUAGCCAGGCGGACAAGUUCUCGCUGCUCUUCAACCACCCGAGCGUCGAGGGCGUGUACGAGAAGCAGGUGCCGCUCAACGUCCGGGCCGUGCUGCAGCUGGGCAACCUGUGCACCAUCGACGAGGAGCAGCAGGGCGUCCUCGGCCGCGGCCUGGAGACGGGCUUCGACCUGGGUGGCCUCCGGCGCCCGCUCAAGCCGCGGACGUACCUGGAGUCGUCGCCGCUGGCGUACAUUUACAUGUCGCACAUCACCGCCGGCGAGCGGCAGGUCUUUGGCAUCUUCUCCACGACCAGCGACCAGGCGCACGUGGUGAUCCUGCAGAAGAGCAGAGACUCGGGGCAGGACCUGCCCAACGUGACGCGACUGUACGCCGAGAUGCUGGCGGCGCGGGCGCGGGAGGCGGCCGGCACCAACUGGCAGGACUGCUUCACGUACCAGGAGCGGGUGACGUUUCGGAUCACGCAGGUGACGACGCGGCGCAAGGCCCACCUCGAGAUCGGCGACAUCGUCAAGAAGAUGCGCAAGGACGAGGCCGCCGCCCGGCCGCAGAUGAUGGUGAUCCAGUCGCCGCAGCGCAACCUCCUCGUGCACGACGUGCCGGUCCUGGGCGAGUUCCCGGUGCUGCCGCUCAAGUACGACGCCUCGGACAGCUCGCUGCCGCCGCUGGGAUGGCAGUCGGUGGUGGCGCGCCGCCUGGUCGGGCACUACCUGGGGCUCGGGUCGUGGAUCCUGCACCUGACGGCGCUCGCGCGGCACGGCGACGUGCCCCUGUGCAACCUGGAGCGCGAGGACCCGCGCUUCCUCAUCGACAUCGCCUACGCGCGGCGGCUGCAGGCCAACGGGGUGGUGCUGUGGUGGUCGGCGGGCGCGCGUCCCGACCACGCGGGCUACGAGAACGACGACGUCGUCGGCCCCCUCCUGGACGCGGUCAAGAUGCCCAGCGUUAACAACCCCGGCACCUACUCGUCCGUGUGCAUCGACCUGGACGUGCGCAACCUGGCCAUCAACACGGUGCUGACGUCGUCGCUCAUCAACGAGCUCGAGGGCGCCGACGCCGUCUCCCUCAACCCGACGGCGGACGGCUCCGAGGCCCUGGCGUCGGACAACGCCUUUUCCAACGCGGGCGUGCUGGUGCUGCGGGAGAUGGUCAAGGCGUGGUGGGCAGAGGCGUGCAAGGGCAGCACCAUGGCCGACGUGCUGGUGCAGCACCUGGUGCGCUGGGUCGAGAGCCCCGACUCCUUCAUGUACGACCGCGCGCUGCACCACUACGUGCAGAUGAUGUCGCGCAAGGCGUUCCAGCAGCUCAUGGCCGACUUCCGCCGCGUCGGCUCGCAGGUCGUCUUCGCCAGCGCCAACCGCCUGAUCCUGCAGACGACCAAGGCCGAGGUCGGCAACGCCUUUGCCUACAGCCAGUACGUCAUCAAGUCCAUCAAGAGCAAGCCGCUGUUCCACUUCAUCGACCUCGAGAUCACCGAGUACUGGGACUACCUGGUGUGGUACGACGAGUUCAACUACGGCGGCAAGGCGUGCCAGGAGGUGGUCGAGGCCGAGGAGCAGCGCCUCGAGACCGUCAUGCACUGGCAGAUGGCCACGUUUCUGCCCGCGCGCCUGCAGCCCGUCUUCCAGGAGUGGGUGAUUGAGUUUAUCCAGCUCAUGCACUCGCUCAAGCGGCCGGCGCCGGGGGCGGAUCCGAACUCGACGCCGCGCCUCACGCAGCUGCCGGCGGACAAGCUCGGCGACGGAGAGGGGCAGCAGCAGCACAUCAUCCUGGGCAAGGCAUUCGAGAAGCCGCUCAAAAAGGCCAUCGUGGGCCUCGUCAACCAGCAGAAGCGCGAGCUCCUGCACCCGGAGCUGGCCGAGGACUACUCGUUCCCCACGCUGCCGGGCUCGCACCUGCAGCACCGCGGCGGGCCGGUGCUGGAGCUGGUCAAGUCGCUCAUGCAGGUGCUGUCGCUCGACAAGAACAUCACGCUCGAGGCGCGGCUGCUGCGCAAGGAGCUGCUGGCGCUGUUUGAGGUGCGCGAGUUCUCCCGCGACGGCACCUUUGCCAACCCGUCGGAGAGCCUGCGGCUGGCGCAGGUGUCGUGCGACAGCUGCACCAUGGCGCGGGACCUGGACCUGUGCCGGGACGAAGACCUGCUGCGGGGGGGCGGCCGCGAGCCCGACGCGCAGGCGUGGCGGUGCGCGCUGUGCGGGAGCGAGUACGACCGCGUCGCCGUCGAGGAGCGCCUCGUGGCCAUGGUGCAGGCGUGGCUCGUCGAGUGGGCGACGCAGGACCUCAAGUGCGCGCGCUGCGGCGCCCUGCGCGUCAACGACCUCAUGGAGCACUGCACCUGCAGCGGCGAGUGGACCGAGGUGGUGGCCCGCGACGACGUGACGCGCCGCCUGGCCGUCAUGAGGCGCGUGGCCCGGUACUACCAGCUGCGCAUGCUGGGGGACGUCGUCGACGGCGUGUACGCGGGGCUGUGAGUCCUUUGACGAGUUGCUAGUUGCUGGAGUUUGGAGUCACGGAGGUUUGCUGACAUUGGGCCUGUUGCAUUAUGUCUUGACUGGGAAGGGCUGAGACGUGUAUAUGAACGAAUCACGCAUGUUGAUACUGCAUCGCCGUUGUGUCUUGCUGUAAUGGUGUAUAAAGUACAGUAUGAUGGAAACAUGAUCCUGCCGAAGCGAGGUGGUGUCUGCGGCGGUGACAUAUCCUGCCGAGACAAACGGGCCGUGAUGCUCUUUACGCGGAAACGAUUAAUGUUAGACUGUAGACCGC